CACAGAUCCAACAAAGAGCAGGUAGUUUGAUGCUGAUUAUCACACUGAGAUCAACCACUGUUAAUAUCAACAUUACCAAUACUUCUACAAAGCCUGAUUCUGAGUUAACAAUGUCGUCGCAAGAAAACCGAUCGCAUCAAUGUCCUUUAAACGCUGAUGCAAGUAUCUGCCAUGAGGUGUCCCAAACCAUGAGUACUUCCAAUGAGAGUGGUGGGAGCCUCAAAUUUCAAAACCGGAACAUUCGUUUCAAUAAAUUGACAUCCAUAUCGAUGAAAGAGGGGAAUGAAAAAGAUCUAGACGAAGCAUGUGAUAGGUGGAAACAGGAAAACGAGGGAGGACAACCACAUGACAGCAGGGAAGCUGAGGGUGUUAUCGUACAGCCUGAAAACAACUGUCGCACUGUAGCAAUCAUAGAUGGCCAUUAUGAUGAGCAAGGACACUGGGACAGAACCGAGGUUAUUGGACGGGGCGGAACAUGUAACGUCUUCCUCUGCAAGGACCGACAGACAGGUUACCAGUUUUGUUUGAAAGAGUACCGUGAGAAGAACAUGUUUAAUACGGCAGUGAAUGAAGUGAAAAUCGGGCUAAGUUUGAAUCACGAUUGCAUCUGUAAGCCCUUAGGCGCAAUAAGGGUAUCAAACCGUGUUGGCAAUGUCACUGAAAAUGAUAUGAAAAUUUUUUUUGAACUUAUCCGCGGACCAACUCUUUAUAAGCUACUUAAAAAUCAGAAAAAAAAGAAACUUAAAGGAUGUGAACAGGGCCGUCUGACAUUACCACACUCUCUGAGGUUGCUAGAAGAUCUUCUGUCAGUGGCCGAGCAUCACAAGCAGAAGGGAAUUUGUCAUAAUGACAUUAGAAGUGACAACAUUAUGUUUGAGAUGAAAACAAGACAACUUAAAGUGAUUGACUACAACUUGUCUCGCCCCACUGAAGGCCAAAGUACAAACGAAGAUGAUGUGGAAGAUAUUCUUAAGGUUUUCUAUGAGAUGGUGACAGGAGUGAAGCUGACUGAUAAAUCACCAAAAUUGAGAAAGGACGAUCCACCUAGAAUUCCGGAUUCUUUGCAACUACCUAUUAGAGUGAUAGACCUGUUUGAGAAAGCGUGGAAAUAUUCUCGAUGGCGUAACCCGACAAGGCUCCUUUCCAAGGUCAGGUUAAUUAACAAGGGUAGUAUCAAAUGUAUGUUACUUGAUUAUAAUAUUCUUCAGCAUUAUAAUAGUGAUGUUAUUUCCUCAAGUGACAGGCAGUUUGUAUUCAAAAUGGGUGUAAGUGUGUAUGAUAAUUAUAUCAAUAACGAUACCCCAGUGUAUUCUGUGAUGCUGGAUGCAUCCAAGGCAUUCGAUUGUAUCAAUUUUAUCAAGUUAUUCAGGAUACCGCAAAGUAAGGGACUGUGUCCCCUCAUUGCACGCUUUUUGGUGACUCUGUAUACCACCCAGAGAGUUAAUAUCAGGUGGGAUGAUUAUAUCUGUCCUUCUUUUGCUGUUUCUAAUGGAGUCAAACAGGGGGGAGUGUUGUUUCUGAUUCUUUUCAACCUCUACAUAGGGGAACUUCUUGACAAGCUAAAGAGUUUAAAAGGUGGGUGUCAUGUAGGUCAUUUUUACGCUGGAGCUUUUGCGUAUGCCGACAACGUUAUUAUUCCUGUUCCGCCCCUGCGGCAAAUGCUCAAACUGUGCGAUGACUACUCUAAAGAGUAUAAGAUCAAGUUCAAUGCCCCAAAAUCUAAGCUCCUUGUUUUUGGCAUAAGGAAUGUAGGAGAUAUCGUCAAUCACUUCAAUGGCAUCGACAUGACCCCAAGUCUACAUGAAAUCCAUCUCGGGCUCCCAAUAGGGCCGAAAAUAGAGGGGGGGAGGGUUGACACAAUCGUAUCAGAUAUGUACAAGCGCACAAAUUUACUCAUGUCCCAAUUCCAAUGUGCCACCACAGAUGUAAGAUACUCUCUUUUCAAGGGUUAUUGUAUGUCUCUCUACGGCAGCCCAAUGCUGGAUUUGGCUACCCCCCAAAUACAGCGUGUUUACGCUGCCUGGAGGAAGUGUGUCCGUAGAGUUAUGGGCAUUUCACCCAGAACUUACAACAACCUUAUUUCCGCAAUUAUUAAUGUUAAUGACAUCACGAUUACUCUUGAAAGGCGUCUUAUCAACUUUGUCCAUAACUCCAAUGUAUCUUCAAAUGUAUUUCUGAAAUUAUGCACCCAGAUGGUACUUGCAGGCAGUGGAUCGUCUGUGGGUAGAUCUCCGACUUUUAUCUGUGCAAGCCAUCUAAUAUCUAGAAGGGAUCUGGUUAGAAGGAAAUUUUUACCAUGUAUUGUGCCGUCGUCAAACUUGGCCGUUCAGAUUCAGGAGUUGCUCCACACGAGGGAUUCAGGUGGCGGAUUCCUAGCAAUCGAGGAGAUAAAUGAGAUAUUGGAAUAUCUAUGUACAUCUUAGGUGAUUUCCUUGGUUGAUGGGAGUCUACUACCGGAGUGCCUCAUGUGGAAUGUGUUAAAAUUCAUAUCGAGAGUGUAAGAUAAACAGUGGUAGCUAGGGAAAAUGAUUCUGAAGGCCUUUAAAGAUGAAUUGAUAAUUAUGGGUUUUUAGAAAUAGUCAUAUUCCAACAAAGCUCACCUCCUAAGAAGUGCAGCCAAUUUUUGUUAAAACAUUCCAACGCAUGAAUAAGUAAUUUGGGUGAUGUCACCCUGCCUUGUUGAUGUUAUACUUAGUGUGCCAAAGCGAGAGCUGUCGUUAUCUGUCAAUAAUGUAAGGCUACAAACAUUACAUUCAUACACGUAAAAAAAACAUAUUCAUAACAAAUGUAACAAAUACAUUCUGUAUGCCAAUUACAAACAUUAUAUUCAUACAUGUAAAAAAAACAUAUUUAUA